UCCCACCUUUUUGUGUUUCCCGCACCGUCAAUCAAAAUAGAAAAAAAUCGACCCGAAUUCACCGAUCAACACUAGCCCGCCUUUGAUAAAACAAUCAUGUUCGGAGUUUAGUAGAUCAGAUAAUCCUCCCGCUUACUAGCACUCACGAUAUGACUGGUACGUAUACAUUUAGCGCAUCGAGGUGUGCAACUAAUCGGUGAGUUUGUCCGGAAAACAGCGAAACGAGCUGCGUCUUUUUUAUCUUCUGCUCCGAUGCUAACUAGCUAGACAUGGUUAGCUAACCGAGCUAGCGGGCUAGCCACGGAGUUGACAAAGUAAACAGUCGAUCUGGGCCGAAAUCGCCCCGGAACCCCCGCUGCAAAGUUGAGUUUCGCAGUUGGCUUCUUUUGGACUGGAGGGUGGGGAUGCUUUGCGGGAUUUUCUGGCUGCUAGGAGUUGAAGAUUACAGAGUUUUGCCGAGUUUCCCCCUCUCUCCCUGCUAGCGCUAGAGCAGCCGCUGAAACAAGGAGAAAUGGCGUCCGCGGACGUGGACAGCAGUCAAAGCGAGUUCCUGCAACCCGGCGGCGCCGCGGAAACACAGACGACCGACAUGUCCGCCAUUCAACUAACGGGUUCAGACCGAUGGGAGGUGUUAACACCUGUCUCAGCUGGGAAGGACGACCAGGGAGUUCUUCACAUUCCAAACUCGGGGAUCGUUACGUCCAACGGGCAGUACGUGCUUCCUCUCGGGAGUCUUCCGAGCCAGCCCAUUUAUGUUACAGCGUCUGGGAAUGAGGCUGCAGCCAAUGGAGUGUCAGGCAUUCAGUAUCAGGUCAUCCCCCAAAUCCAAAAUGCAGAUGGGACCCUUGCGGGAUUCUCCACACAGGGAAUGGACGACGGCACGGGUCAGAUCCACCUCCUCCAAGACGGCAGCCAGUGCAGCAUCGGGACAACAGCGACCACAGACCUUCUGACGCAGGCGGGGCAAGUGCAGUCAAUCCAAGGUGUCUCACUGACUGGGGGGGCAACGUACACCAGCUCGGUACCUGUAGGGCUGCCCGGCAACAUAACAUUCGUCCCCAUAAACAGCGUGGACCUGGAGUCACUAGGGCUCACAGGAGCGCAGACAGUCCCAAUCGCAACUGGGGUAACACCCGAAGGCCAGCUGAUCAUGAGCGGACAGACGCUGGACACGCAAGGUCAGGGCGUUGGCAAGCAGUCGCUGGUGACUGUGAGCGACGCCAACCAAGAGCUCUACGUGCCAACCACCACCUCGUCCAACUCUUCCCACCUCCCCGCCACCAUCGACGGCACUGGAGUUCUGACCCAAGCCACGGCCGUGUCCGCUGGCGUGUCUGACCCCUCCUCGGAGAACUACAACUCUCACAACCACCUGCAGCAGAUCCAGGUGUCCUCCGCCAACACCACUAUCUCACAGCCCAUCCUGCAUCUGUCCGGGGACAAUCAGGCUCAGGUGGUUCAAGGUCAGGACCUGAAUGCAGCUGGUCAGACCAUGCAGAGUGUGCAGCUGGUCAACCCUGGGACCUUCCUCAUCCAGGCCCAAACGGUGUCCGCCACAGGACAGAUCCAGUGGCAGACCUUCCAGGUUCAAGGUGUCCAGUCACUCCAGGGGCUCCAGUUGCCCCAAGGCCAGGGUCAGGCCCAGCAGCUGACCUUAGCCCCCGUUCAGACCCUCCCUCUGGGCCAGGCGGGUCAGGUCAGUCUACCCAACCUCCAGACUGUCACAGUCAACUCUGUAACACAAGGUGGAGUUCAGUACACACACGGAGAUGAUCCAAACAGUCCGGCUGGUAUACACAUAAAAGAGGAGCCAGACUCUGAGGAGUGGCAGCUGAGUGGAGAUUCCACGCUGAACCCAAGCGACCUGAACAACCUGCGCGUUCAGAUGGUGGACGAGGACAUGGACAUGCCGAGCGGCGAAGGCAAGCGGCUCCGCAGAGUAGCCUGCACCUGCCCCAACUGCAAGGAGUCUGGAGGAAGAGGUUCGGGCAUGGGGAAGAAGAAGCAGCACAUCUGUCACAUCGCCGGCUGCGGGAAGGUUUACGGCAAGACGUCCCACCUCCGAGCUCACCUGCGCUGGCACAGCGGGGAGAGGCCGUUCGUCUGCAACUGGAUGUUCUGCGGAAAGAGAUUCACCAGGAGCGACGAGCUGCAGAGACACCGGAGGACACACACAGGAGAGAAGAAGUUUGUGUGCACAGAAUGUUCCAAGAGGUUCAUGCGGAGCGACCACCUGGCCAAGCACAUAAAGACUCACCAGAAUAAAAAAGGCGGGGUUCCCGUCGCCACGUCUCCGCCCACCACCGACACCCUCAUCACGGCCGACGGCACCACGCUCAUCCUCCAGACCACUAACGACCUCGUAGGCAAUCAGGAGAUCCCUCUGCAGCUGGUCACCGUGGCGCCGGGUGAGGUCUUGGAAUGAGGCGUUGUUUUUCUCCUCCGUUUUUGUCUUUUUUUGAGAACUGGCCUAUCACAGGGACUCUCGGGCUUUUCCCCUCCCUCCCCCCUCCCUUCCUUUUUUUACAUAAUGAAUAUAUACGUAAAUAUAUAUGACAAAUAUAUAUAUUUUAAGUAAGAGUUAUCAUGACUUUAUGUUUGUUUUUUGCAGUCUUUUUAUAGGCGGGCAAAAACAAACAUUAAAUGUGGUUGCUAUGUACACACACACACACACACACACACACACAUACACACACAGAGACAGAAAACACUCGACACACAACAUGAAUACUCAAACUCAAUGAAAUGCCUUAUUUUGUAUCAUACUCUUGUAUAAAAUGCUGGAGGUGCAUGUGUGUUUUUAAGCUUUCCAGAUGAUGAUGUAACUGUUUGUGAAAACGCAGACGACAAAACGACGUCUCGGGAGUUUUUCGGGGGGAGAAAAAAAAAACGAAGGAGCGAACCUCUCUGGGAUCAUUGAAUCGUGUCUGUGGGAGAGUUUCGGGUUUAAAACCGACCUCUCUGUUUGAAGCAGCGCAAAAACCGUCCGCGCUCAACCCCGUUUCCUGUCGUGGGGGAAACAAAAUGCCUUUUUUUAAGCGUUCAGAGGAGUUGUUGGACUGUUUGUGGUCAAAUGUCAUUAUUGGAUUUCUUGCUGAGGGUUACGUGAGAGAGUGUGUGUAUGUGUGUGACAGCGUCGCCAGGUUUGCACACGGAAAUACGCAGCCAGCAACCACCAGGUAUCUUAGUUUAGCAUUAAAGGUCCAGUGUGUAGGAAUUAGUGACAUCUAAUGGUGAGACUACAGAUUACACCAAACUGAGGACCACACAUACCAGGAAGGAUGUUGUUGUGAAUCAAGCUCAUCAGUUUAUGAGGUUAACAUAGUUACAGAGGGUUUUUUUGUCUGUUCAGGUUGCCAUAGAAACGUGGCGGCACAAGAUGGUGGCCUAUUUUAAAUGAUUAUACUCUUAUACAAACAUAGUUAUGGGUAGUAUAUACGACUUCCGCUCCUAAAUGACACAAACUGGGCCUUUCAUUCACGCAACGACUCCGCCUCUCAUCACGUUUUUAAGCUGCGAUAUUGUUUGUCGAGGGCGGGACAUUCAAUCACCGAGUUCUGGCUCCUGAUUGGUUAAAAAGUCAGACUCACAGAUGAAAUUUUUAACUGAAAUAUUUCACAGACAGCUUUUGUCGCUUUUUUUUAAUCCACGGUAGUAUUCACCUUUUAAGGACGUUACCAAGAAAUAGUCCGGUACGUGGUUGUUGUUUUGGGUUUAACACUUGGAGCUACAAAAAAAAAUUAAGACUGACACAUUUAAAUUUCAAGUUAUUUUUGGGCAGUGAGCUCCUGCAGCACUGGACACAAAAUUGCUGUUUUUGUCACAUUUUUCCCUUUUUUAAAAAUCUUAAUCAAAUAAUUUCUGUCGCUUUGGAGAUUUGCACUUGGUCGUAUUGUGAUUUGGAUUAUUUUCACCGUUAAUAAUUGCGCAGCUCGUUCUGUUGGGUGGAUUCUUGUUACGUCACAUCGCGCUGUGACCUUUUUGAACACAGACUGACACGUUCUCAUCUAGUUCUCAGCAAGAAAGUGAGUAAACUGUUUUUUUGUUUGUUUUUUUAAAUGUCAAACUUCCAAUCACUGACAUCCAGCAGGGCGGCGACACAGGUGUGCUGUCGUGUUGUUUCAAGCAGCAGCAGAGAAGGACGGCGGCAGUGGUGUCGCCGUCACUGAUUUGACGUUGUUUUCCCUCCUCGAAGGACGGAGGGGGAAAAAAAGGGCAACUUCUUCCAGCAUGGGGUCCGUGUGAACAGAACCUGUCCUCACACCGUCCUCUGUGCUCGUCCACAUCUAUACACGUCUUCAUUUUCGUCUCCUUUUCGCAUAUUUGUGUUGUAAAUUUGCAUUGUAUGUCUUUUUUUUUUUUGUCACGUGUCCUUUUCGCCAACCUGGGGGUCGGCUAAAUCAAAAGCCACGCCCACGCACGGCUGCGGGAGCAGAAACACGCAACAGUGUUGCCAUGUGGGGAAGAACCCAAACACGGAUGCAACCAAUUGUCAAGCCCCAAAGGGUGGGGGGCGUUUUUGUCAUGGAACAUUCCAGUCGGAUACCAGAUGAUGUGGGAUUAAGUUUCCUGGCCAGAUGUCGCUCAAAAGGAAAAACAAUCAUGCCAUUGUUUUAUGUGUGUAUUUUAAUUUUCCCCCCCCCAUUUUGUUUGUUUCAUUUUUGAAUUCAUGUAAUCCUUCCCCAUGUUUGUCUAUUACGUUUGUAGCAUUCAUUUACGUGUAUAUUAUCUUAUUUUCCACAUUGUUUAUAGAAGCCAUUAACUAGUUAUCAGAAUUUGAUGUAUCAGAAACUUAUUUUAAGUGAUUUUUUUUUUUAAAGAAUUGGUGUAAAAAUUGAAUGUUACCUUUUGUAAAACAUUUUUUUCAAAUGAAUCACAAUAAAAGUCUGAAACAUUUA